CUAAACUAUUUCAAUUAGAAAUCUACAUGUAUCUAAAGUUCGCAGCUGCAUACUCAUCUAAUCAGCUCAGGUUGUACUUUAUUUACAUCGUUCCAAUCUUCAUAUAUUACUUGUGAAUUGGUCUGGCAGAAGGUCUUGAGUUUGAAUGUCUCCCACAUGUAGAAGUAGCACGCACGCGACGUACAGCUGUAGUAGGUAAUGAUGGGGUAAAGGUCGUAACUUGAUAAUAAUUAAAAGUAAAUACAAGGUAGUACGUUGAACUGUGGGAUCGAUACAUCACGUUAACAUUCAAGUUCAAGUAACGUCACUAUGGCUACCGUAGGCCAAACACUGCGGAGUGUGGGGAAACUAUGAUAAAAGAACAGUGGUAUUGAACAGUUUAGUUAUUCAAUACCUCAGUCGACACUGCCUUGGGCGGUUCAAGUUACUCGCAGUAAAAAAAUAUCAAAAACACAGCUAAAACACGUUAUUUAUACCGCACAUAGUGUUAAUUUCAUAUUAAAGUAAAAAAAAAAAUAUAGAUAAUUAUGCGUGUUUCUGGCACUCGGACAUACUAUCGGCCGACGCCACCCAAAAUGCCUCCAGGAUUGGUUAAUUUAGUACAAGAGUUAUCAAGGGAUGUACUGAAAAAUAAUCCAACUGAUAUUUAUGGAUACUGCGCUAAUCAUUUCAAACAACUACUCGAAAUAAGAGAUGGCCCUCUUGUAAAGAAAAAACUAACGUUAGAAGAGAAAAUUGCUAAAGCUCAAGAAAAGGUAAGGCAGCGAGCUGAGCAACGAUGGGAACAAUAUGAUAACGAGAUGCUCAAGCAACAGCGUCAACAACAAUCUGAAAUAAAGGAUGCAAACAAAAGCGAUAUAUUAAUUCCCACUCAAGAACCAGCGGCUGUUGAUAUUACACCAUUAAUUCAAAAUGAACAGGAGAUAAAUAAUUCGUCAGCAGCAGCCCUGCCAUCAUUAGCAGCUGUAUCGUCAGUAGUAGCUCUAUCUUCAGGUCUAUCAGCAGCUGUAGCUCUAUCAUCAGCUGUAGCUCUGUCGACAGCUACAGCUCCAUCCGUAUCUACAGUUGAAAUGUCCGAUAAAACUGAUACACCAUCCGAAGAUCAUGAAGAUUCUGAACAUGAUCAUGAUUCUGUAAUAAACGCUAAUGAUAGUAAUGGUGAUUUAAAAAUUGAUGUUAAUACAGAGUCUGCAUCUAAUGACAACGAGACAAAAAGUGGUAAUUCCGUCACAGAAUCUUUAAUUCCGAUCAGUGAUAACGUAAGUGAAAAUCCUAUCAAAAUUCCUGAGGCAAACGUUAUUGCCGUUGCCGCAUCAGAGAAUUUAAAUAAUUUGAGUGAACCUAUUGUCAACGAACAUUUAAAGUCUGAUGAUCCACAGCAAAUUAGAGAUAAUGAAGAAUCUACAACAUUAGAUAAAAAAUUACAAAUAACGGUCGAGUCUAUUCCCACUAAUGAUGGGAUUGUGGAAAAUGAAAAAAGUGAUGAUGAAAAGUCUACUAUAAAAACGGAAAUCGAUAUUAAAAUAGAAGAAAAUGAUGUAAUUGAGUCAAAUUUACUUGUGGAACCAGUUAGAAUUGAAAAUUACACUGUCGAAAAUCUUCCCCAAGAAAUUAUUAAUCCAAAAACUCAACACUCAAAUGAAACAGAAAGCAUCAAAGAUGACAAAGUCGUUCUUGCUGAUGCGUCACAGUUCAAUGCACCAGAAAAUGGCAUAAAGAAGUUGGAAAAUGAUGAUAUUAAAAAACAAGCUGAUUCAGAUUCUCAGGAAACCAACCAAUUCGAAAUUUCUUUUAAAGAAUCUCCCACUGUUGAACUGCAGGGUUCGCGAGUUAGUUCAGAUGUAAUGGAAUCUCUGUUGGACUCAAAUAAUGAGAAUGAAAUCAUGACACUUGUAUUACAAGAAUCCACAAAUGGUGAUUUAGAGGACAUAAUUGGUUUCAAUGAAAUUAGUGCCACUGAUUCGAAUUCGAAAAUUCACGCUAAUACAACCCACUCCAAUAAAGUUGAAUCAGAACAAGAAUCGAAAGAGAAUCGGAGAGAGAGUGUGAAGAUUCAAGAGAAUGAAUGCAAAAGUUUAAUGAAUAAUGCUGUUGAGGUUGAUGACAAGAAUGAAGCCCAUUUAGAAAAUAACGACAUCCAGAACAGUGAUCCGGGAUCAUCAAAAUUAAGUGAAUCGAGUCCUUCUAGCCAAAGUCAAGAUAAUAUGGAUUUGGAAACUGCCGCAGUAACUAUACAAAAAGUUUUUCGAUCGUUCCUUUUUAAGAGUAGAACGUCUACAUUGGAUGAUACCGUGAACGAUGAAAAAAUGUUCUCGGAUGACGAUGAUAAAAAUAAGGAGGAAUGUGAUUUUACCAUUCCAGGUCCUCUAAACGAAAGAAGACCACAUGGUAUCACAAGAAUGGACACAGUUCUCCAGACAGUUAACGAAGAAAAAUCGCUUUCUUUAUCUGAUGAUUCUUCCACAUUAUCCAGUGCCGCAACUAUAAUCCAGGCUCACGUUAGGGGUUUUUUGGUUAGAAAUAAACUCAAUUCAAAUAAGACAAUUUCUACUAAUUCACAACACACUAGCUAUUCGAACGAACCUUCGCUUACGUCUUUAGAAAUGGAUAACGAACAAAAUAAAAAUAAAACCGUGUUAAAUAUCCACAUUGUUCCCGAAGGCGGGAAUUAUUUGAGUCGAGAUGAAAGUUUAAUCACUUCUAUGGAUUUGUCUUUAGACAGUAGUCCGCCAUCGUCCAUUAAUUUACAUCCUUUGGGAUAUGACAAGAGUGAACGACGAAAGCAGUUAAAGAGAGAAGAUGCUAUACAAUCAAUUUCUCCACCAAGUAACAAUAGUGGAAAAUUAAGCGAGGACGUGGAUUCCGUGAAAGAGAUUAUUGAUUCUGAAGCUGUAGUAGACCACCCUGCCGAAAACUCUGGCAAGGAUAAUUUGAACGAUGAUAUGGCUCAUUGUAAUAAUAAUCAAAAUGACAAAGCUAAACACGAGGCUACAGAAAAUAUCGCCACUGAUGAUGUGGAAACUUGUGUACAGCAAAAUAAAUCUUUGGAUACCGUUAAUUCAGAUGAAUUGGAUGUUGUGACUCCAUUUGAAUCUGGUGAAGAAAACAAUCCUUCAGAACAUAAACUUAUGCAUUCAGGAGAAUUUCACGACGCUGUGCUUCCUACUAAGGUGUCUCGCAGUGACACAUCUGUCGCCAGUGGUGAGUGAAGACAUCUAUUAUCAGAAUUCAAGAAUGUCCUGG